CAGCCAAAGCUAACUUUUGCCCACAUUUGAAGCAGCAGAGGAACCCAAAGCCCGCAGGUUUGUGUCACCUGAAUCUGUGUGACCUGUCUUCCCAAACAGAGUGUUCGUUUUUUCAGGCUGUCAAACAGUUCACGAGCGCGCUCUCUGGGGACGCAGCGCUUGCGCUUGCUCGCGCGCGCAGACGCGCGGAGGAUGCUGACGGACGGCGGCAUCAGUUCUGCUGCGCAGGGUUCAGGACGCAGGAGUCUGCUCCGCUGCUGCCGUUUGCUCACGAAUCCAAAGCUCCACCGCGACCACAACCGAACCACAGACCCGACCAGGACUCUGCUCACAGGAUGUGUGGAGUGGAUGUGGACCUGGAUGAUGGGGCUUCAGCUGAGGACGAGAAAGAGGAGGAGUUCUGGAUGGGAGACCGGGUGAAGAUGCUGCCCCCCCCUGUGGCUCACAGCGAGGGCAGUGCAUGGGGCAGCCGGAGGGGCAGGUGUGGCUGCCUGGCUUGUGGGGCGGUGGUCGUCCUCUGGAACGUGUGUGUCGUCUCUGCCAGCCUGCUGCUGCUGGUCGCCGUGUUCGCGGUGGUGCUGCUGCCGGCGGCGCUGCUGCUGUACGCAGGUUUCCUCUGCCACUCCAGGGUGCUCAAUGCCUCCUCUGCCAUCUGCCACUACCUGGAUGACAACAGCUGCUCCGCCCUCAUCAUCCUGGGGCUGGUCAUGAUGUCUCCGCUGGUGGUGGUGGCAGCUGCCGUCUUCUGCGGGCUGAUGCGAAGGUUUCGGCUGCUGCUUUACAUCCAACCUCUCAUGCGGGCCCGGUACAGAGUGAAGCUUUUGGACUGGAUGGGCAGCGUGCACGCCUGGGUCUGAUGGUCAUCAUCAUCAUCAUCAUCAUCGAGUGAAAAAGAGCCGGGGGUCCAAAGGAUGCGCGCAGAGUUCUGAUGUAUCAGGAUCUGAUGCGUUUUCCGGCAGAAUGAUGCAGAACAAAAACAACACAUUUCUCUUUCCGGUGGCAACUGUCAAGGUCUUUGAUUAAACCACAGUCACUGAUCCAGGAAAACUCAUUUAAAAAAGAGAAAAUAAAGAGAACAUACACCCCCUCCCAAAAAAAUGUGCAGUUUAGAGAAUCACAUGUAAAAAAUAUUCACUGACACACAUAAAUUCCUACCGUCUGUAUUGAAAAUGCACUGUUAAUUUACAAAAAGCAAAGCUUUAGAUAUUAAUGAAUUUACAUAAUAGAUUAGAAAGUCUUCAUAAAAUGUAAAUAAAUAGUUGAGAAAGUCCAAAGGUGAAAUUAACUUAUUUAGAUAUUUGUUUUUCUGGUAGAUAUUCAGUCUGAGGACAAAUUGGUUCCUGUAGAGAACUACCUAUUAUGGGAUGUGGUGACUUACAUUGCAGGAGAAGUUUGAAUUAUUUUUUUUUAAUUCUUAUUUAUUUAUUUUUUGCUGCAAAGCCUGAAAAAAGCAGAAAAUCCAAACUUAAAAAAAAUGAAUUGAAAAAACAAUCAAAGGGAAGUCCUUGAAACACAGGUUUGCUGCAGUUGCUGCCUCAGCCGUCGGUUUGAUCAUUUCUGCUGCUGAUGUUGCUCAAAUCAUACAUGUACAUAUCUUCAUAACAGGUCAUAAGUCUUGUAUUAUAUCACUGGUAUGUAGAUAAAGUAGUUUAAACUCUCAGUUAUAAUUGACAUGAGCUCUUUUUGUAAAAUUAAAUCAUUCAGCUGCUUGUGUGAAAGCAUUUUACUUAUUAGCCAGAUUUUUAAGCUUGUCUAACAGCUUUUUUUUUAGCAGGUAUUAAGCGUUUGAAGUUUUUUUCUGAAAAUAACAAAGCAUUUAUUUUAUUCUGCUGCUGGAGGUUUAUUUUUUUAAAGACUUAUUCUUCAUAUUUUGGGUUAUUUUAAGCAGUUUUCAUAACAUCUCUGUGUAGUUUUACAGUAGAGAUACAACAUGUAUGUUUUCUCAUAGGGACGGAUCUAAUAUUAUUCUAUUUACAUGAAGCCAAAUCUCUCCUGAGUUUGAAUCUUGAACUCAGAUUCAUAAAGGAAAUAAAUGUUCUCAGUGAAAAGGUGAAUGAACUGAAAUAAAAUGUAAAACUGCACAUUAAGUCUUUGGUGUUGUGGGCGGGGCUGAACAUCAUUUCAGUCUUUAUGUAUAAAACUAUUUUAUUCCAUAGAUUACUGCAUCUAUUACAAAUUGUGGUACCAUUAGAAUAUCAAGCCCGGUGGUUGUUUUAAAAAACAAUAUUUACAUUUUAUGUUUUGCUUUGCAUUGAAAUGAAAAGUUUUCUUUGAUGUUUUGGUAAGUUUGAAAACAGGUUUAUUAAAGCUUAUGACCGGAAUUGUUUCCAGACAUUAAUGCGUUGUGCUGCCACGAAUAAUGACACGGGAGCGGAUAUGAGGUCCAGGCCGGGGAUCGGCCCACAGAUCUUUGACAAUCUAUUAUUCAAAUGUGAAAACAAUAUUAUUUAAUAAAAAUGGUGACACAGUGCA